AUGUCUCCAAUUUUUUCGCUAUCUCCAUAUUUUCUUUCUUUUCUCUCUCUUUCUCCCUCCAAUUUUUUUCUAUAUCUCAAAUUUUUCCUCUUCAGAUUUUCAUUCACUCUCUUUUUAAUUUUUCUCCCUCUCUCCAAAUUAUUUUUCUCUCUCUGCAUUUUUUCAAUUUACAAAUCCCACUUCUCUCUCCAUGGAAAUUUUCUCUCUCUCCGUAAACGUAUCUUUCUCUGCAAAUAUCUUUUUUUCUGUGCAAAUUUCUCUCUUUCUCUAUCUCCCUUAAAAUAUCUAUUUCUAUCAAUUCUCUCGAAUUUCUCGCUCUCUGCCAAUUUCUUUCUUUCUCUCUCUCUGCAAAUUUUUCUCUCCCUUAAAUUUCUCUGUUCAAAUUUAUCUCACUCUCUACAAAUUCAUCCCUCUCUCUCUCUCUCUCCCCCCAAAUUUAACUAUCUCUCUCUGUGCAAAUUUCUCUCUCUGAAAAUUUCUCUGGAAAUGUCUUUCUCUCUCAAUAAACUUCUCUCUUCAAAUCUAUCUCACUCUCUACAAAUUUAUCGCUCUCACUCUUUCUCUCUCUCUCUCGCUCACUCUGCAAAUUUCUUUCUGUUAAAAUUUGUUUUUAUUUUCGCCUACAAAGAAGAUUUUUUAUUUGACAUAUGGUUAAUAACACAUCUAUCUAUCUAUCUAUCUAUCUAUCUAUCUAUCUAUCUAUCUAUCUAUUUUUUCUGA